AUGAAAAAGAUCACAUUGCCACCUGCACCCCAGGUAGAAGAAACUCGACCACUUACGACGCUCUCCAAAUACAUGAGAGUACAACAGCUUAAGGCUCAUUUUUGGAAAAGAUACUCAAAAGAAUACAUUUCAGAGCUCCAGUCCCGCAGCAAGUGGCGCACUCAAGGUGCGCAUCCACAACUGGGCGAGAUGGUCAUCAUCAAGGAUGACCGCCUACCACCGAACCGAUGGCUGCUCGGACGAGUCACGGCCGUCCACCCGGGCAGCGACGGCGUCAACCGCGUCGCCGACAUCCUCACCACUACUGGGACCCUGCGCCGGGCAUACAACCGGCUCUGCCCACUUCCAUCAACGUUGGAUCAGGCAGCUCCUGACCCAAGGGGGCCAGCCUGUUGACGCGCCAUCUAUGUGUGCGUGCGCACACAGACACCACCCGAUCUACGCGGUGCCGCAAGCGCCGGCCCGCCGCAUUCUCCGAUCCGUAACAGC